AUGUCAGGCUUUAGUUUCUCUUUCGCUGGUGACGAUAUAGAAGAUGAUAACCAUGGCGUGGCUUCCGAGGCCCCCUUAGCUUCAUCGUCAGCCAACCAUGCUGCUGAGACAGGCACUCUCAGACGGUCAUCCAAUUCCGCAUUUCCAGUUGCAGGCCAGCCAUUGUUACAGCCACAAAAGCACGAUUUGGAGAUCAUGUUGAAAAUGAUUCCGUCAAAAGUUUCCUAUAGCACGCUAACGAUAAAAUUGGAUGACGGGCAAGAGGUUUACCUACCUCGGAGAGAGCUCUGGGAUGUUAAGGUGCAACUGAUGGCUGAGGGUGAUGACGAGAGUUUGGGGAAUUUGGGCAAAGAUGAUGUCAAGACUGGAAUUUACGAAGGUGGGUUCAAGAGCUGGGAGAGUUCAGUGGAUGUUGUGAAGGAGCUAUACAAGAGGAGAGGGGAGGAUUUAGGUAUUCGUAGACGAUUUUUCGAGCUCGGUUGUGGGACGGCACUCCCAUCUCUUUACGUAUUUCAGUGGCUGUUACAGAGCUCGCCUAUGUCUGGUACACGAGGGCUUGACCUUGGGCUUGCGGAUUACAAUCCCACAGUCCUCCAACUGGUCACACUCCCCAAUCUCUUGUUAACUUGGGCCCAAAUGACGAAGAAGGAUUUAUGGGAGGCCGAAGGCGAGCUUGAGAUCGAUUCCGACGUGGUGCAGGAGUUCCUAAAAUUCCUCAACUCAAACUCGGUUACAUUGUCGUUCUACUCUGGCGGAUGGAGCCCCGAGUUCGUGAACUUGGUCGACCAAACUAUGCCAUCACGAUCUUCUGGGCUCACUAUUAUUGGUGCUGAGACCAUUUACUCUCCGGCCGCAUUGGCCUCCUUCGCAGAAACCCUCUUGAGCCUGUUAAGCAUCCCAGACUCCGCGGGGAGAAGUGCUAUGAUAGCUGCGAAGAAGGUAUACUUCGGGGUGGGAGGUUCAAUGGAAGAUUUUUGUAAUCUCGUGAGAGCACAAGGCGGUAUCACCGAACAAUUAAGAGAAGAAUCAGAGGGGGUGAGAAGGGAGGUUGUAGAAGUACGGAUCAAAGCUUAA